AGAGGCCGGUCCAUGUGGUUCUUCCGGAGAGGGAGGAGACUGGCAGAAGCUCCGUCGCCGCCGGUCUAUUCGCGGCCAUGGCCGGUCGCAAUAACAACAAGUUGCCUCUCAAUCUGCCGCAGCUGCAAAACUUGAUCAAGCGGGACCCGCCUUCAUACACCGAGGAGUUUCUUCAACAAUAUCGCCAUUACCAGUCCAAUGUGGCAAUAUUCAAACUGCAGCCAGCAAAGCCAAAUAAAGAACUGGCUGAACUGGUGAUGUUCUUGGCGCAGGUUGGCCACUGCUACCCUAAGCAUCUUGCAGACUUUCCACAGCAGCUGAAGGAAUUGCUCUCCUACAAUCACACAGUCUUGGAUGCAGAUCUUCGGAUGACCUUUUGCAAAGCUCUGAUCUUGUUGCGAAACAAGAACCUUAUCAACCCCACAAGCUUGCUGGAACUUUUCUUUGGACUCCUCCAUUGCCAUGAUAAAUUUUUACGAAAAACGUUGUACUCUCACAUCGUGACAGAUAUCAAGAACAUCAAUGCAAAACACAAAAAUAACAAACUGAACACAACACUUCAGAACUUUAUGUACACAAUGCUACAAGACAGCAACCCGACCGCAGCCAAAAUAUCGCUGGAUGUGAUGAUAGAGCUGUACAGAAGGAACAUCUGGAAUGAUGCCAAAACAGUGAAUGUCAUCACCACGGCUUGCUUUUCCAAAAUUACAAAGAUAUUAGUUACUGGCUUGAAAUUUUUCCUUGGGAAAGACGAAGAUGAAAAAAAAGGCAGUGAUUCAGAUUCAGAGGACGAUGGACCCACAGCAAGGGACUUAAUGGUGCGAUACUCCACAGGAAGAAAAACCACCAAGAAUAAGAAGAAGCUAGACAAGGCAAUGCGAGUCUUAAAGAAGCACAAGAAAAAGAGAAAGCCGGAGGUGUUCAACUUCUCUGCGAUUCAUCUAAUCCAUGACCCCCAAGACUUUGCAGAGAAACUUCUAAAGCAGCUUGAAACCUCAAAGGAAAGGUUUGAAGUGAAGAUGAUGCUUAUGGAUCUGAUUUCUAGGCUUGUUGGAAUCCAUGAGCUUUUCCUCUUCAACUUCUACCCUUUUGUGCAACGAUUCCUACAGCCGCACCAGAGGGAAGUUACCAAGAUUCUUCUCUUUGCUGCACAGUCUUCUCAUCAGCUUGUCUCACCUGAGAUUAUCCAGUCAGUGCUGAUGACGAUAGCCAACAACUUUGUCACAGAUAAAAACUCUGGAGAAGUGAUGACUGUCGGGAUUAAUGCUAUUAAAGAGAUAUCUGCUAGAUGCCCUCUGGCCAUGACUGAAGACUUGCUUCAAGACCUGGCACAGUACAAAUCUCAUAAAAAUAAAAAUGUAAUGAUGUCAGCAAGAACGUUGAUACAGUUGUUUCGGUCACUGAAUCCACAGAUGUUGAAGAAAAAAUUCCGGGGUAAACCAACAGAAGCCACAUCAGAAGCCAAAAUCCAUGAAUAUGGGGAGUUGGAUGCCAAGGACUAUAUUCCAGGAGCAGAAGUCCUGGAACUUGAGAAUAAGGAAGGAGAUGGAAAGGUGGAAGAAGAUGGCUGGGAGACUGCCAGUUCUAAUGAGGAGGAAGAUGGUGAAGAUGGAGAAUGGAUUGAUGUGCAUCAUUCCUCAGAUGAGGAACAGCAAGAGCUAGUUGAAAAAAUUGUACACAUGCCCAUGGAAGAACGGAAGGCCAAAGCAGCAGCUGUCAGCACCAGCAGGCUCCUCUCCCAGGAAGAUUUCCAGAAAAUCCGCCUUGCCCAGCUGAGCAAAGAACUCAAGUCUGCACCUGGCAAGGCUGCAAAGAGGAAACUUGUUGAAAUAGAGAGUGAAGAGGAGCCCAGGGGAGAGCUGCUUUCACUCAGGGACAUCGAGCAUCUUCAUAAGAAACCCAAGUCAGAUAAAGAGACGCGACUGGCCACAGCAAUGGCUGGCAAGACGGACAGAAAAGAAUUUGUGAAAAAGAAAUCUAAGCUCAACCCUUUUGCCAGCUCCACCAACAAAGAGAAGAAAAAGCAAAAGAAUUUCAUGAUGAUGCGAUACAGCCACAACGUCCGGUCGAAAAAUAAGCGUUCAUUCAGGGAGAAACAGCUGGCUUUACGGGAUGCACUCUUGAGACAGAGGAAAAGGCUGGUGAAAUAACCACUGACAUGCUGGAGGACAUAAAAGAAAAGUGACUCAAGACUGGAGAGUGUUAAAUGAACUGUGUCUGAGCUGGCUCAUUCAUUGCAGUUAGCAAUUAACUAGUUUCUCAUUUUGUCUGAACUGUGAAAUUGUUUGCCAGCUUUGAAGUAUAUUAAAGCCGGUAUAUUAAACCAACUUCAAACCAUGCUUUUAAUAUCCUGGCUGUUCAGAACUAUAAUUUUGUAGUUCAGACAAUAUAUGGUUAACUGUAGUUAAUUAUUGCCUUUCUAGCUUUAUUGCUCACACCACGAAGGAUGGAAUGAAAGGGCUGCUCAUUCAUAGUGAUAUGAUCAUCUAAACCUGGCCAAUGGUGGGAGCGAAAUCUAGAUUUAAUACUUGUAAGAUGUUUCAACCUUGGAUGCAUAAAGAAAAGACUUGCAUUUUCAUUUAACAUAAUUCAAAAUUUAUUUCUGAUGACAGAUUAAAGACUCUGAUUACAGCCA